AUGGCUGAUGAAAUCGACACCCUGAUUCGGCACAGAGUGGACCGCUUGGAAAGCACCGUCCAGAUUCUCGUCAAGUGGACAGACGACGACAUCCCACAGUCUUGGGAACGUGAGGACUUCAUCCAGAAGAUCGAUCCCCAAGCUCUGUAUACUUACUGGGAAGACCUUGGUGGUCGGAAGGAAGUUACAGGUCUGCAACUUUAUCAUAUCUUCAAAGUCAAGGCAAAGGGCUGGGCCAAGGGCGAAAUCCGUUAUCACUGUCAGUGGGUUGGAUACUCGCCUAAGGAAGACAGAUGGGAGCCUGAAGAGAAGGUCGUGAACUACGCUCCGGCCGCUUUGGCGGAUUGGAAGGUUCGGGAAGCGGCUCGCAGAGCCAGAGUGGCUGCCCGUAAAGCAGCUGCACAAGCAGACAACCAGUAA